CACCAAAAAUUGAUAAAAUAAUAAUAUAUUCAAGUUAUUAAUUUAUAAUUUUAAAUUAAAAAUAAAAUUGAUAAUGCGUAUACAUGCUUUUGGGUCUACAUGUUUAAAUGCAUUAAAAAAUAAUUCGAGAAAUUUUUUUUAGGAAUACUAAAAAAUAAAAAUUGUAAAUAAAAGCCAGAGGAGAGGUGAGAAACUGAAGCAAAUAGAAGGAAAACGCAUUCCGGGACAGAGAGGGAGGAUGAAUCAAAACCAAGGAGGCAACGAUGCUAGGCACGACGAUGAUUCUGCGCUGUCUGAUUUUCUCGCUUCCCUUAUGGACUACACUCCGACUAUACCAGAUGAACUGGUGGAGCAUUAUUUAGCCAAAAGUGGGUUUCAGUGUCCCGAUGUUCGAUUAAUUAGACUAGUAGCUGUUGCCACUCAGAAGUUUGUCGCAGAGGUUGCUAGUGAUGCGCUUCAGCAAUGCAAAGCAAGGCAGUCAGCAGUAGUCAAGGACAAAAGGGAUAAACAGCAAAAGGAUAAGCGCCUGAUCUUGACAAUGGAGGACCUCUCUAAGGCUCUGCGUGAGUGUGGUGUGAAUGUGAAACAUCAAGAGUACUUUGCAGAUAGCCCUUCAACUGGGAUGGAUCCUGCUUCAAGAGAUGAAUGAGCUGAUGAUCAAGUUGAUCUGUAUAACAAUUUCUUCAAUGUUUUUAUAUUUAAGCCCCUUAACACAUUUUGCUUUGUUUUCAAACUUGCCCUUUUUAGUCAUGCCUAUUGUUUUUUUUUCUCUUUAAACCAUGGAGUUUUUAUUAUAGGUAGCUGCUGUCUACCUAUUAGCCCAUCUUCUUGUAAAAAUAGUAGGUUUUUAUCUAUUUGAUGAUCAAGUCCCUCAUAAAAAGUGGAAAUCUUUUCUUC